UGGAGGCGGGGACUCGCUCGAGCAGCACCGAGAGCGCUUCACCUGCAGUUCAGAGCGGCGGCGAGGAAUUGAGCGCGGCAAGGCAGGCGGAGGAAGAGGAGAAGAAGCAGCGGCGGCGACGGCGGCUGCGAAGAGUUGGCGGCUCGGAGGCGCCGCGGGAUAACCAGGCAGCGCCGGGCGGAGCAGGCAGGUCGCGCGCUGGGGGUUGCCCUGCCCGGGCUGAGCGCGGUGGAAGCGGCGGCAGGAGGCGGCGGACGAGCCCGGCUCGGGAUCCGCGGAGAUGCCCGUGGGCUCGAGGAUGCUACUUCUCUUGUUCUUUUGCUGCGGGGGCUCGGCCCGGGCGCCCAAUGGGGAUCUUACAGUCAGACCCACUUGCAAGCCAGGCUUCUCGGAAGAUGAUUACACAGCGCUGGUUUCCCAAAACAUCAUGGAAGGGCAGAAGUUACUCAAAGUGAAAUUUAGCGGCUGCUCUGAGAGCAAAGGAAUCCAAUACGAAACUGACAACUUGGACUUCAAGGUGAGGACAGAUGGGACUAUCUACGCCACCCAACAGGUGCAAAUCCCCUCGGAGCAGACAAUAUUUAUGGUGACGGCAUGGGACCACCAGGCCGUAGAAAGCUGGGAAACUAUGGUCAGGUUACUGGUGGGAGAAAAAUCACAACACAAGGGACAAAAGCAGAAAGGAAAGAAGAACACGUCAGCAGACCUCCUGCAGCAGCCGAGCGACACUCUCCUGCCCUGGCGCCAUCAGCAGAAUUCUCAUGGGCUGAGGCGGCAGAAGCGAGACUGGGUCAUCCCGCCGAUCAACGUGCCAGAAAAUUCGAGAGGACCCUUCCCACAGCAGCUGGUUAGGAUACGUUCGGAUAAGGACAGCGAGAUCCACAUAAGAUACAGCAUCACUGGCGUGGGAGCUGACCAGCCACCUAUGGAAGUCUUCAACAUUGACCCUGUGUCUGGGAGAAUGUACGUGACCCGUCCGAUGGACAGAGAAGAAAGAGCAUCCUAUCACCUUCGAGCACAUGCAGUGGAUAUGAAUGGAAACAAAGUAGAGAACCCCAUUGAUCUCUACAUCUACGUUAUUGACAUGAAUGACAACAGACCAGAGUUCAUAAACCAGGUCUACAACGGAUCCGUUGAUGAAGGAUCCAAACCAGGAACCUACGUGAUGACAGUGACGGCCAAUGAUGCAGACGACGUCACUACAGCCAACGGGAUGGUGAGGUACCGGAUCGUGACGCAAACCCCACAGAGCCCAUCGCAGAACAUGUUCACCAUUAACAGCGAGACUGGAGACAUCGUCACAGUGGCUGCUGGGCUUGACAGAGAGAAAGUUCAGCAGUACACAGUCAUCGUUCAGGCCACAGAUAUGGAAGGAAAUCUUAACUACGGUCUCUCGAACACGGCGACGGCAAUCAUUAUGGUGACAGAUGUGAAUGACAACCCACCCGAAUUCACUGCCAGCACCUAUUCCGGUGAGGUCCCAGAAAACAGAGUGGAAGUUGUGGUCGCUAAUUUGACAGUCAUGGAUAGAGAUCAGCCUCACUCGCCCAACUGGAAUGCCGUUUACCGGAUUAUCAGUGGAGACCCUUCUGGUCACUUCACCAUCAGGACAGACCCCGUUACCAAUGAAGGGUUGGUAACAGUUGUGAGGGAAGUUGACUAUGAGAUGAACAGAGCCUUUAUGCUGACGGUGAUGGUGUCCAACCAAGCUCCUCUGGCCAGCGGCAUCCAAAUGUCCUUCCAGUCUACUGGCGUCACCAUUUCAGUCACUGAUGUCAAUGAACCACCCUACUUCCCCAAACCACAACUCAUCAGGCUGGAGGAAGGAGUACCUACGGGGACGGCAUUGAUGACUUUUCAGCUGUGGAUCCUGACCGGUUCCAUGCAGCAAGCUGUAAGAUACUCCAAGCUGUCAGAUCCUGCAAACUGGCUGAACAUUAAUGCCACAAAUGGUCAGAUCACCACCGCUGCCAUCCUUGAUCGCGAGUCGGCCUACAUUAAGAACAACGUCUACGAGGCUACGUUCCUGGCAGUUGACAACGGUAUCCCCCCGGCCAGCGGCACUGGCACACUCCAGAUCUAUCUAAUUGACAUCAACGAUAAUGCUCCUGAGCUCCAGCCAAAGGAGGCACAGAUCUGUGAAAAGCCAAACCUGAAUGUCAUCAACAUCACAGCCGCCGAUGCUGACAUCGAUCCAAACAUCGGGCCCUUUGUCUUUGAGCUGCCAAGUGUGCCAUCUGCCAUCAGGAAGAACUGGACCAUUACGCGGCUAAAUGGUGACUAUGCCCAACUCAGUUUACGAAUAAUGUAUUUGGAAGCUGGCGUCUAUGAUGUUCCGGUCAUCGUGACGGAUUCUGGAAACCCUCCUCUGUACAACACGUCUGUCAUUAAGGUCAAGGUGUGCCCUUGUGAUGAAAAUGGAGAUUGCACCACCGUAGGAGCCGUUGCCGCAGCUGGGCUGGGAACAGGAGCUAUCAUUGCUAUCCUGAUAUGCAUCAUCAUUUUACUAACCAUGGUUUUGCUGUUUGUGGUGUGGAUGAAGCGCAGGGAAAAGGAGCGUCACACAAAACAGCUUCUCAUCGACCCUGAGGAUGAUGUCCGGGAUAAUAUUCUGAAGUAUGAUGAGGAAGGAGGUGGAGAAGAAGACCAGGAUUAUGAUUUAAGUCAACUUCAGCAGCCAGAGAGUAUGGAUCACGUCUUGAACAAGGCAAACGGAGUCAGACGGGUAGACGAGAGACCAGUUGUUGCUGAGCCCCAGUAUCCUAUAAGACCUGUAAUCCCCCAUCCUGGGGACAUCGGGGACUUUAUUAAUGAGGGCUUGAGAGCGGCAGAUAAUGACCCAACGGCCCCACCGUACGACUCCCUUCUUGUCUUUGACUAUGAGGGCAGUGGUUCAACAGCAGGGUCCGUCAGCUCGCUUAACUCCUCGAGCUCCGGAGAUCAAGAUUACGACUACCUUAACGACUGGGGGCCAAGGUUCAAGAAACUGGCGGACAUGUACGGGGGAGGCGAGGACGACUAAACUGACCUCACUUUAUUGUUUUGCAAAAGGAAAAAGGACGAAAGAAAGAAGAAAGAAAGGAAAGCUAUAGCAUUAGAAGAUGAUGAUGAUGAUGAUGAAGUAAAAGAAGAAACCCAGUGUUGAGGAAGAAAGGAGUGAAAACAGACUAAACAAGAACUGUACAGAAGUGGCAGCUUUUUUAAAAUUAAUAUCUCCUGCUGACUGUAUUCCUUUGAGUGGUGACUUAGAAAGUUUAUUUUCCUCUUUUUUUUUCUUUAGUUCUGUUUCUCUCUCUUCCCCCCCCCCUUUUUUUUUUUAAAGAACAUCGAGCUGUCUAGCAUGAACACUCGUCUCUGCUGCGGUUGUGUGUUUUUUUGUCCCCCCCCCAAAAAAAAAUGUUUUUCUUUUUCCCGAUGUGUCAGCAGGGAUAUUGCUUGGUCUAUCCACUUUAUGACUAAAGGGAGUGAAAGGCACUCUGUCUUAACUUGAAUUUCUUAGAACAGAAGCACUGUUUUUAAAAUAUAUAUACAGACAUAUAUAUUUGAAAGUGCCUUUUGGUACACGUAUCAGAUUCCCUCAAUCUCAGGAGUGUUCAAAAGAAACAAACAAAAAUAAUUUACGUUUCCACCGUCUUGGACACCACACUCUAUAUGACCCUAUGCCAGUUCUAGCUGGGAAGGAAUUAACAAAACAAAAACCAGGAACUAUGGAAUGGUUUCUCUUUUUGGGCCUUUUUGCUAUUUAAAAAAAAAAAGUGGGCAAGUUGUUUGUGGGGUGGGGGGGAAACUAAGGAAGAAAGAUGCUUUGAAUUAAAACAAAAAAAAACACAAAAAAGAAAACUGCUAUCUUUUGGCCUAAAGCAAAUGGUGAACUGAGUAAACCUGUUGUGUAUAUAUAAUUCAUUGUUUAGCCGAUGCAAACUAUCGACCUGGGUUUUCUCUUUGUGACCUGGUCACACGUGAUGUAGCUUCCUAGAACAAUAGCAUUGGUUAGCCUUUGGUGCGUGUGACACAAAAGACCUUGCAUAAGCCCAACAGUAAAUGAUGACAAGACCAAAGGCCGCUUGUGUGUGGGAGUUGUUUUUCUUCCUUUUAUUUUCUUUGAAGCUCCCUCCACCUGCUGAAUCCUAUCCACCGUGGUUAGGUACUACGUUUCUUAUCAGACGUUCACCCUGAUGAAUGUGGAAUUCUGAGCGAAUGUUCGGAACGCAGAACGGUGGGCAAACUGAAGAAAUGCUUUUAGGGAGGCUGCGGAAGCUCUGUCACCGGAGCUUAUAAAAGGGGGCGGCUCGUAUACAUUGUUCAGCCACAUGAACUCUAAUGCAUUGAGUUGCAUCGUGCACAGCCCCAGAUUACCUGUUUCGAAGCCUGUGUGAUGUUGGCCAGAAUUUCCACCCUUUCCAUAGCAUAGCAGGUAGGUGGAGCUAAACACAAGCAAAAUGUAGAUAUAAGCCAUUUGGUAGGUGGGUUGGUGGACGGGAAAUCAGUGAGUACCCAAAUGAAGAAAUUGCCCAUCUCUGUUUUGAAGAGUUGCAAACUUAGUAUAGGGGGCCAUUGCUAUAGGUCAGUUUUCAGUGCCAAUAGAAGCAGGUGUUUGAGGCCCUUGAAAUAGUUUGCGUGCUCUUUCGCCAUCAGAAGUAGACCCAGCAAAAGCCACUAUCUUACUAGGGUUACGCCAUUUAUUCUCUUGAGAUUUUUAAGGAGGAGGCUAGUUAGGCCUGCCGGCUGGAAUGGUUUUAGUCUAUGGUUUAUUGCGUCAAGUCAGCUGAUAUACUCGCCCACAUAAUCUGUUCCAUGAAUCAGCAAGGAAAACCAAUGAACUUAAUUUUAAAAGCACACGCAGACUGAAAGAGCAUAGCAGUUAAUCUAGCGUAUUUACCUGACCAUUUAUUUGUAUGUUGCUCCAUUGUCAAAAGGAAGGUACUUCAGAGGGUCCUUGUUUUGGAGAGUUAAGUCCCCACAACGUGAGGUGCUGGUCAGGGUUGGUUCAAGAAGCAUUUCUGCCCAAAUCACUUGUACUGCACAUGAUCCAAGUAAUGGAGCCCAGGACUCUUGAGCUGCUCGCACAUAUUGGUACUCAACAAAACUUUGCUAUCCCAGACAAACUUUUGGGCUGCUUGAAUAGUCAGCCCAGUCCAAAUCUCAAAUUCAAAACUGCUUGUAUGUGCUAAAAUUAUAUCCAACAGGCAUUUGCCACAUGAUGAGUUUUGCUUCUGAAUACAGCUCACGUGGUGUGUUCUGGCAUUGAUCAUGUUCUCCUGAGGCCUACUAGAACUAAUGUUCUCCAGAACAUAGAAAGCACCAGCUCUUGCCAUGUACUGAGGAGCAUUAAGAAAAGAUUAAGGUUAUAAAAACAAUGGGAGACAGUUAUGUUGCAAUAACUAUAAUCAUGUGAAAAACUAACAGGCAGAUCAGGCCUACUACAAAAUUAAGACAGCCUCCUUUGCCCUCAGUCAGGGAAGAAACCAGAAAAAUAAAAUGAAAGAAGUGUAAGUACGUCCAAUAAAGACCCUCAGGAAAGCACACAGAAGGAGGGAAGAUGCUUGUUGAUCCUUAAGAGAGAGUAAGCACUACAGCAUUCCUUUCUGCAAUUAUUUGAAAGGAAUGGUAGUGAGCUAUUAUUUUUCUCAGUCUAACAUAGACCUUGAGAAGCCAUAGCUCAGUAAUAAUUAACCUGUUUUGCGUACAGAAGGUCUUGGUUCAGCCCCUGGCGUUCGAAGUUUGCCUAGAGAAAUGCCUAGGAAAUGCGUCAAGCUGGAGAACUGCUGUCAGCCAGAAUAGAUAAUACGCCAUAGGCUGACUCAUGAUGAGACCACUUCAUAAUUCAUAUGAUAUCCACUGGGUGGAGUCCAAAAAGAGACUGCAUUUCCUGUGGCGAGAAUCUGCACCGCCAUAGAGUGGCCAGCUUCACAUUUUGAGAACUAUUGGAUACAGUGCUGGGUUAUUCGUCCUAAUGAUAUCCCCAAGAGAGAUGUCUUUAGUAUCAUUCUGUGCCUCUACAACAGAAUGGGGAAGGUGUGGCCCUCCAUAUGCUGUUAAACUCCUUCAAAUCCCAGCCAUCGUUGCCAAUAGUCACAGAUGAUAGGCACUGUAGUCACAGCAACAUCUGGGAGGGCCACAAGUUCUCCAUCCCAGCUCUCUGGGGAAGAACCACUAAAUACUUGCCCUUUGUCCUACAGAGAUGGUCAGCAUCCGUAAGGGGUGCUAUUUUCCAGACAGUAAUCUGGGAGGCAAAGUGUGUUCUGACACACAAACUGGCCCCUCGCAUGUGAUCAGGCUUUGUAUUGAAGUUGGCUCCAUGUAGAAUUGAAGGCUUCCCAGAUAUGAAGACCUGCCACUUGAGCAUGGUUGGGACAUUGCAUGUGAAACCCAAAGAGAGAUGAAAUGUUGGCGUGUGACUUAUCUAUAUGUCAUACAACCUGUGUGCUUCUCCCUUGAUUAAAAUUUGGUUGGGCCACCAGGUACCAAAAUUGCUUUGGGGAUCACCAGUAUGCCAUCUGGGGCCUACAACAUGGGCAUCUCUUGAAUGUCAUGAGCCAGCUUGAUGCAACUAUAUGUAAACCAGCUCAUGUCUGUCCUGAUGAAUAGGUACUUUGUUGUGUAACCAAUGCCUAUUGGAUGAGAACAGAGAGCCAGAGGUAUAAAUAGGUAUCGUGUGAUUAAUGUGUUUAAAUGGUGACAAUUCAGCCACUGAUUUGCUGCAUUCUGAUGGGACCUCACUGUUAUCAAUGGUAGCAUACUACCUUUUUGUUUUUAAAUAGGGUCAGUAUUUAUUUUUUAUUUUUUAAAAAACCAUCUAGAUUAUGUGCUUUCUUUAAUUAAACAAAAGUUUUUUUUCUCCCCUUUAAUGAUUUGGACUAGUGAGGUUUAUGUCUAAUGUUUGUACAAUUAUUUAGAUUGCAUGGCUGUGUAAUGUAAAAACCACAUUUAAUGGAUUAUGAGCCACUUAAUUGUGCUAUGAAAUCUUGGAUUAUCUAUGAGUUAAACAAUAAGAAAGAUGUCCUGCUGCAGCAGGUUGGAGGAGGAAGAAGAAAAUGUAGGAGAGCUUAGAUAUUAUUUCUGUUAAAUCCAAGAAUGUGCACAGUUUUAGGGAAAUGAUAUCGGAUUAUCCAUGAGGGAUGGGGCUGAUCCUGCUUCCCCCCCUUCUUUUUUCCAAUCUACAAAUUAAUUCUCAUUUGGAAGUUGAAAAAGGGAGGGGAAAGAGCGAGGAGAAAUGUAAUUCAAGUGGAUGUUGUUUUAAAAGACUGUCUCAGAAUGCAAGCUCCUUUGUCUAUAGACUUUGAAAGUGCUCCUCGCGCAUUUUAUAUUUCAUUGUAUCAUAUUUUCUAUAAAAUGCAAUUUCUGUAAAUUAA